AUGGACGUCGACGAACCAUCUGCAAGCAAUGGGCAAAAAUCCAAGAAACGCGCACAUCCAGAUUCAUCGAACGAAAGCGUUAGUCGAACCUCGUCUGAGGUGUUAUCACUGGUUGAGAAUCCAACUUUCGAAGAACUUGCCCGCCAAUAUCCUUCCUUUCACAAAGCUUGGGAUGAGGCACGGCAAAAGCAGAGAGACUCAGGAUCCAGGAUGAACUUUUCUUCCGUUGUAUCCCAGGAGUUCACAGUCAGUCUUACGCAGGCUUUACUGCAAGCUUAUUUCAACCUUCGAUUGCCAUACCUCGAAUCGAAUCACCUCUGCCCGCCCGUACCAAAUCGGUUCUUUUAUGUGCAUUGGAUCUUUAACCAUUUGUUGAAAAAUGAGGGGCCUAGCAUGUCAAAAUUGGGAAUGGACAUAGGAACUGGGGCUACUUGUAUUUAUGGGCUACUCGCCGCCAAUUUUUUUCACUGCAACAUGGCCGCAUCCGAUGUUGAUACCAACGCGAUUGCUUUGGCAAGGUCGAAUGUUGCAGCCAACCAACUGGAACGAAAGAUUCUCUUACUAGAAGUCCCACCUUCGCACUCUCAACAGCCAUCAUUACCGCAAGGUGGACCACUAGAACGCACGUUGAUGGCAUAUUCCAACGCUCGACAAUCCAAACGGUUUGACUUUACCAUGACAAACCCACCAUUCUACGACCCCAAUUCAAUGGAACAGCAGACAUCGAGAGCUGGUGAUGGUCGAAACCGCACAUCAAUGACUGUCUCCGAAGGAUUCUAUCCUAAUGGUGAAAUUGGAUUUGUGACUGACAUCUUUGCGGAUUCAUUGAGGCACCGCCAAUCGUCUCUAUGGUUUUCAUCCAUGUUGGGCAAGAAAUCAUCGCUGGUCAAGCUUGAGAAGUUAUUGAUUCAUGUUCUAGGACAAACGCAUGUUGAAACUACUGAAUACGGUCCCGGGCAGUAUACUCGCUGGUUUCUUGCUUGGACAUUUCGACGCCCAACACUUUUCGACGAACGGGCGUUUCUGAGUCAUGGAAAUAAUUAUUUCGAAGUCAGGAUACCUGAGGUAAUGAACUAUGAACGAGCCAUCAGCGAAGUGGCAUCACGGGUAUCUGGCUUUUGUGUGUCUUCUCCUGGGGGCUGGGUGUUGAAUUGCCAGGAUGUUACGCCACAAGUUCAGCCAUCUUCACAUAUCGUCCUCCAGAUUCAGGAACAAGGCCAUCCGCCUGUCAAACAUUUCGCGGACGAGUGGUCACACGACAACAUUGUCGUUCCAGAUGUUGUCAAGCAUGCUCUCAACGGACAGGACAAUACCCACUUUUUGCCACCUGAAGGACACUUUGCAAUCCAGGUUGCCAUUGACGCGCCGAAAGCAAAGAGUGCUGAGGGGUUCGUCGUCCGAGUUCACUUGGCCUGCUAUCGGCACUCAUCACGCGGACUGAAGGCUGUGGAAAAGAUUCGAAGCGGAAUGGAAGGGGAAGUUACUAGGACUAAUCGCAAAUGGCGCAGGAUCCUACAACGGCAAGCGAAGGAUGGUUUAAACUAG